AUGCAGAUGCCUUUAUCGAAACUGCCUGGGUGCAGUGUGAGAGAGAAACUCUUGGGAGUUGCAGCUGGACUGUGCCAUUCGGCCUGUGUGGAAGUGGAGUCCGACACGGAGGCAGUGGCUAACAAGGGCUUCAAGAUGAGGUGCAUCUCCUGUAAGAUGAAAAAUGAGGUGCCUGCCACUGCCACUGUCGACUGGUACUUCAUGGCUAAGGGAGAAAGCAAGUUCACACAUAUUUACAGCUAUGAGGAUGAGGUGGGUGACAUCACGGAUGAACGUUUCUACGAGCGCCUGGACUGGAACGGCAGCAAAAGGACCCAGGAUCUGCAGGAUGGCUCCUUAUACAUUCUCAAUGUGACUUUCAAUGACAUUGGCACAUACCGCUGCUUCUUCAACCGCAUCCUCACUUUCCCAAACUAUGAGUUCCAUACCAACGCCACCAAGAUCAUCCACAUCAACGUGGUGCCACGACUCACCAGGGGCAUGGCAUCCAUAUUGUCGGAGGUGAUGAUGUACGUGUUCCUCAUUGCUGUGCAGUUUUGGCUUUUGGUAGAGAUGGUUUACUGCUAUAGGAAGAUAGCAGCUUCUGGGGAAGAGGCCUUGAGAGACAGCGCGGCGGAGUACUUAGCUAUUACUUUGGAGAUUAAAGAAAAUUGUGCAGGGGUACAGGUAUCAGAGUAG